CCAAUAAUUUGUGUGUUACAAAUGAGUCGCCCAAAAUUUUGUGAAAAAUCAUUUAAAAAAAAACCACAAAUUCGGGAUAGGAAAAAAACCCUCGUACUAUAAAUUCCAAAAUCGCAUAGUUCUCAUCAGUACGAAACCCUAGCGAGAUAGCGAGCGCAGCAACAACCCAACGAAAGAGAGAAAUCGGCUGCCUUCAACCAUGACAUUCAAGAGAAGAAAUGGUGGUCGCAACAAGCACGGCCGUGGUCAUGUCAAAUUCAUUCGAUGCUCUAACUGCGGAAAAUGCUGCCCUAAGGAUAAGGCCAUCAAGAGGUUUAUUGUGAGGAACAUUGUUGAACAAGCUGCUGUUCGUGAUGUUCAAGAAGCUUGUGUUUAUGAUGGGUAUGUACUUCCCAAGCUGUACACAAAGAUCCAACAUUGUGUGUCAUGUGCUAUCCACUCCCAUGUGGUGAGGGUACGGUCCCGUACUGACAGAAGGAAGCGUGACCCACCACAGCGCUUCCCUAGACGCAAGGAGGAUGCUCCAAGGACUGGUGCUGCUGGAGCUCGACCUGCAGCUGCUGCUGGGGCUCGACCAUAGGUAGCGAAGUGAUGUUCCUUUGGACCUUUAUGUUGCCGAGUUUAUUCUUCAUGUUAUAAAAAGUUUAGUUCAAUGUUUUGGAUUAGAAGUUUUGGAACCUUAAAUGUACGCUUGAGUUAAUUUUCUUGAUGGGAUGAUUGCUGUCUAAUGUUUUAAUGCCAAAAAUCGUUGACGAUAA